AUGUUAUGGAUAUGGUUUUAUAAGCCAUUAUUUCUAUACUUCAACGUCGGAGUUUCUCGUGCAUUGUCUAAUUACUUUUUGAGUGUGAAUAUGAAGCGUCUAUUGAAAUUCAUCUUUGUGCUCACAAUCAUCUGCUUCCUCCUGACUUCCGUAGUUGCUCCACCGAGUGGAGGAGGAGGAAGCAGCGGCGGUGGAGGUGGAGCAAAGGGCGGUGGUGGGAGUGUUGGAGCAAAAGGAGGUGGCACCGGAGUGAGCAAGAGAGGUGGCAGUGGCGGAACUAGAGGCGGUGGUAGAGGUGGAGGACGUGGAGAUGAUGGGGAUGAUGGAAACGGAGGUGGAGGUGGCUCAACCGGCAACGGUGGUCAAACGGGUGGUGGAACUAAUAUUGUGCGUCCAUUACCCAAUGGUCGUCCCAUAAACAGCAGCCCAUCUACACCAAUUGGAUGGUCCCAUUUAUUCAUUUCAUCCUUGGCGUAUGUUACAUUUCUUCGGUUACGUGCUUAA